AUGAGUCGCGGAAACGUUACCAAGGUCUUCUACAAGGGCGAAACUGACGAUUUCAUUGUCUUUGUCGAAUCCCUUGACGACCUGGCAGCAUGGAAGAAAGACAAGUCGAUUCCACUGGCGCAGGUGGUGGAUGCGUUCCAGAUCAUGGUCACACACAAGCACGGCGCGCAGGGCCAACUGGACUCUGCUUCCAAGGCUAGCCUGGAGAACGAGUUCGGCACGCACAAUGAGGAUGAGAUCAUCAAGAAGAUUCUCGAGGAGGGCCAGCCUCAGAAUGUUCCAGCCUCAGAGAGACCGGGAACGCGAAAUGAGAGUAAGGGUACCAGACAAGGACAUCCUACUGCAUAG